ACAAGGCAGUAUGGUUAGUGGUUCGCCUUGACAUUGUACCUUUCAAAUUAACGUGGCGGCUUCAGUCACUGGGCGCCCAAAUACGUCCGCCCACCAUGGCCAACUACAUCAACACACCGCAAGCGACCGAUGCAUCGUACAUCACCAAUGGCCUGGAUCGCCUUGGGGAGAUCUCGCCGGAAAAGUCCUUUGCGGCACCCGCAGAGAACCGUGACCUGAUCAGCCAGAUGAGAAACGCGAAAACCCAGGGCGUCAACCUCCGAACCCCCAGAGCUGGCCUACGAGAUCCGUUGCGCCUGCUCCCAAAUGGCAACCAGGUUCGCUCGGAGUUCACUCCUCUGAUGCAAAGUGCCACAAAAAAGAAUAUCGCACGCCGCCUGUCGAGCAAAAAGCCUGGUGUUCAGGCGACUCCUUCCUACCUCAAAGGUGGCUACACUCCCGGGCUUCCCAGACUCAGCGAUAUAUCGCAAUUAGCGAGCGAACACACGUCAAGUUCGGCCGGAAACGCAAUGGACAAUACUCCCAUGCCUCAACAGAUCAGCAGCAGUGCCCAGAGUACACCCCUCGCACAAUUGCCAGGACGAGAUGCCGGUGGACUCGUUAAUGAUGGGAACAUGAUGACGUUACGCGAGCAAGAAAGUAUUAUUGACAAGAUUGAGAAGGAGAAUUUUGGCCUAAAGAUGAAGAUACAUUUCUUGGAGGAGGCUUUGUCAAAGCGAGGCAAUGAAUUCAAUCAAGCUGCACUCAAGGAGAAUACCGAUUUGAAGGUCAAUAGGAUCACAAUGCAGCGCGAAUUGCACAAGUUCAAGAAGAAUAUUGCCCAGGCCGAGAAAGACGCAGAGGUCUAUAGGCUACAGCUUGAAGAGUUCAAAGAACGAAUCAGACGGAAACAAGUGGACGAGAGUGUCCGUAUCGAGCUUGAAACCCUCCGCACCGAGGUGAAAGCAAAAGAGAAACAGGUGAAAGCAUUGGAAAACGAGAGAGAUUCUGCCAAAGAUCAAGAGAAGUCGACAGUCGACAAGCUGAAAGAUGAGAUUGAAGACCUUCAAGCCGAACUGCGAGAUAAGGACCGGAAGAUUGAUGAGAGAGAAGACGAGAUCGACUCUCUAAAAGCAAAGGCAAGCAAGGAGUCGAAUGAUGCCGCUGAAAUCGAGGAUGAGUUGGAGUCUGCGCGACAAGAAAUCGAGGACCUCAAGCAGAAUCUCGAGCAAGCAAGGACAGCAGCAAAAGAAGCAAAGGAAAGCCAGGAAGAAGCUCUCGACGAAAAGCGCAAAGCCGAGGAAGAUCUCGAAGAGCUGCGCGAUGAGAUGGCGAAUAAGUCCUUCACAACCAAGGGACUAAGCAGACAGCUUGAAGAGAAGACGAAUAAACUCGAGGACGAUUUGCAGGACUUGCAGGAACGACAUGAUGCCUUGCAGACCGAAUUUGCACAGAAGUCGGACUCAGAGCGGCAGUUGCGUGAGAAAGUUCGGGAGUUAGAGCGGGAAGGAGGAUCAGGACUUCGAAAGUUGCAGCAAGACCAUGAUCAAUCUCAACAACAACGCGAUACUUUUGAACGCAAAUUGAACAAUAUGACCAAACAACUGGAGACCGUCGAGAAAGAAUUGCAAUUCAAGGUUGAAGAGAAGGAUCUGUUGCAAACACGUCAUGAUGCUUUGACGAAGGAAUCUGCAGAACUCCAGAAAGACUUGUCCAGAGCGCAGAAAUCGAUCCGAGACCUCGAACUUGCUCUCGACGAAGAGAGGCAACACUCGGCACAAAACGAAAACAUCCUGAGAUCGCAGCAUAAACAAGAGAUCGACCUUCUGAACGAACAAAUCGACGGGCUACACCGUGAAGUGCAUUCAAAAGAGCGAGACCAUGCAGCGGACUUGGAGGAGUGGGAAGCACAGAAACGGACACUUGAAGCAGUUUCUCAGAAAGCGGAGGAGAAAGCCAAUGGACUGCAACGCACGGUGGAGAAAUUCCAAGAUGCGCAAGGAACAAUCAAUGGCCGUGAAAUGAAGCUGCAAGCGGCGCUCGAAAGUGAGAAGCAACGACAUCACCAAGAAGAGAAGGUACUUGCCAAACAGAUUGAGGAGCUUCAACAAGAUCUCGCGCACAAACGAACCGCAUCAGACGAAAACAGGUUGGAGCUCAACAACGCCAAAGAAGAGCUGCGGAUUUCGAUCAGAGAACAAGCGGCACUGAGAGAAAAGGUGGCUGAGUUGGAGGAGGAAAUUGAGGUGCUGCAGGCGGAUAUCGAGCAAGAGCACGAGUUCGCGGAGCAACAACAGCAAAAACACUCCAGCCACGCGGAUGCUCAGAUCCAGCAGAUGCGGCAAGACAAGCAGUCUCUGCAAACUGAGCUUGCAAAACUCCGUAGCGACCUGCAGGACGCGCAUAUGGCUCUGGAAAAGGCUGAACAAGAACGUGACGCCCUCGAGACCCAACUCCAAACUGUUUCGAAAUCCAACGACGACACAUUCAGUGUCGACCAAGAGAAGCGAGAGCUGAAGCGUAUCAAACUUAAGCUCGAGAAAGACAUUGCGCGUUUGACAACCGAGCGCGACAAUCUCCAUGAAGCUAACCAAGCAUUGGAAGAUGAGAUCAACGCCGAGCUUGAGCGAGCGAGCAAGGAAGAGGAUCGCCUGAAUGCGGAGAUAGAUUCACUCCAGAACCAGAAGAUUCUCAACGCAGAGAACAGAGAUCGCGAAUUGACGUCCGCAAAGAACAAGGUCUCUCGCCUGGAGACUCGAGUCAAAGACCUGGAGGGGAUGCUUGACAACCAUUCGAAGACUGUGGCUUCUCCAACUGGAGAUACUUCCGGCCUCAGACACGACUUGGUCGAAGCAAGAAAGAACGAAACAGCAGCUACCAAAAGAGAAACAGAUCUCAAAGCAGCCAACCGGGACUUGAAGAUGCAGGUCAACGAGCUCGAACGUGAGCUGCACGAGGCCAAGCUUGCGCAAUACAAAGCCAAAUCACCGUCGGUCUCACCUCCUCCUUCACACUCGAAAGAAGUCGCAAGGCUCCGACAAGAGCUCGUCGACAUUCGAGCCGAAGUGCAAGUGUUGAGCUCUGAAAAUCGCGACUUGAAGCGCACUGCCCGUCGUGCUUCCACUGAUGAGGGUCAGUUGGCCGUCCUGCAGACUCAGAUCAGAUCUCGUACUGCAGAGGUUGAAUCCUUGAGUGCAAAGAUUGCGGAGCAGAACGACCUUGUUGAUGAACUGCAGGAGCAGCUCAACCAUCUCCGCGACAAGGAUGGCGAGACACAACACCUCUCCUCAAGCAUCCGCAAACGUGAUAGACAGAUUAACGAUCUGAAAGCGCAACUCAAACGCUUGCGGGAGGGGCAGGAAGAAGUCAACGACUUGUCCAUGCGAAUCUCGGUUCGCGACGAUGAAGCGCGGGAGAUGAAGUAUCAGCUCCGACGUCUUCGGGAAGAGCGCAGCGUGGCCAACAAGAAGGCCGAAGCCGUGGAGAACGAGCUUGAGGCGCUGCAGACGAAGUAUGAAGAUAUGCUAGAGCGGCUCACAUCUGGCAAGUCCAGCAAAGAUGAGAUUCGCGCCAAGGAGAUGAAGGGCCUGGUCAAGGAGAUUAUCUGGUUGAAGGCGAAAUGUAGAAGGGAAGAACGUCUGCGAAAGGAUCUGGCAUGGAGCAAGGCAUUCCUUGAGCAGGGCGAGGCUGUGAGGGUCGAGUGCAACCAAGUCGAUCUGCAUAUAUUGGGAGAAAUGGGGGUGGCCAUGGACAAACGCAAGUACGAGGUCAAGCUGAAGCCGGUGGAGAAGCUGCGUGCCGGUGUGCUUGCCGUGAUCGCUGCCAUCCGCAUGAGCAACAUGGAGGAACAAUGGAGAGAAGCGAGACUGCUCGGGGAAGAGCUGAAGUUGAUACGGACGAGGCAAUCGAGGCAGCGGUCGACGAGGCGAGUUUUGGAAAUUUGAGAUGCAUUGGCUGGCUUCUUCUGGCGGUUGUUGGCAUUGCGACCAUUGUAUAUACAUUGUUGGCAUCAGGCGUGGUUGGACUUUGCAUCGUUUGGCGUUCUUGAUCAGGCUAACGACAGUAUGACCUGCCUCCAGUUAAUGAGGUUCGAACAGAG